CCUGGAUGUCGGGCAGAGCGGGGGGAGAAAAUGGCGGCGGGGACCAGCGAUCAUCGGUGGCAUCAGCGGAGGAUACAGGGAGUCAGCCGCAUGACAUUGCCGCCCGCCGAUCUCCACCGUCUAUCGUCUCCUCCGCCGCGUUGGAUGGGAGGAGGAGGUAAUCUCAUGGGUGCUGUCGUGGAGACUUCCAGAAAAGGAAUUAUCGGUGUUAAUUGCUUGACAUAUGAUGAAGCAAUCAUUGCCCAGCAGGACCGUAUUCAGCAAGAGAUUGCUGGACACACUCCAUUGCUAUCUGACCGGUUGGACCUCUCUGUACUCUACCAGGAAUAUGCUCCUGAUGACCAAAUUUAUCAAGACAAGAUCAAGGACUUGCACAGAAGAUACACUUACAUACGUCGAACAAGACCAGAUGGCAACUGUUUCUAUAGAGCAUUUGGCUAUUCCUAUUUAGAAGCUUUGCUGGAUGGAGGAAGUGAACUUGAAAGGUUUAAGGAGGUAGCAAUGCACAGUAAGGAAGAGCUAAUCAGACAAGGGUUUACAGAAUUUACUAUAGAAGAUUUCCAUAACACAUUCAUGGAUCUAAUUGCUCUUGUAGAGAAACGUCCCACGGUUUCAGAGCUACUAGCUGCAUUUAAUGAACAGACGGUUUCAGAUUAUGUGGUUGUCUACCUGCGUCUUCUGACCUCUGGGCACUUGCAAAGAGAGAAUGUCUUCUACCAGCACUUUAUAGAAGGUGGAAGAAGCGUCAAGGAAUUCUGUCAACAGGAGGUUGAGCCAAUGUGUAAGGAAAGUGACCACAUUCACAUCAUUGCUCUCUCCCAGGCCUUGAAUGUUUCUAUCCAGGUUGAAUAUAUGGACAGGGGCGAGGGGGGCAGCACAGUCACCCACGUGUUUCCUGAGGGCUCAAAUCCACAGGUGUUCCUGCUCUACCGACCUGGACACUACGACAUUCUCUAUAAGUGACCUGUUCUGUGUUCUUUGCCCACUCCCUUUCCAUUAAAAUUCACGUUCUACUCUCUCUACCUUCCACUGCGCUUUAAUCUGUUCCCUCAUUAUCUGUACAUUAUCCUUUGCCUGUUACGUUUUAUUUCAAUGAAACAAAAUAAAUGAACUACAGACUCAUGGAUAUAUGUAGUGGUGGGACAGCAUGGGCAGAUUCGGGGGUGAUAACGCACUAAAUAAAAUCUGUUGAGUGCUUAGAA